AUGGCUACCUCCCCUACGGAUGCCUCUAGUCCUACCAUGUCGGUCAUGGAGUGGGACGAGGGGGUGGUGAAUGGGUUCGUGGUCAACGUGCUCAAGAUGGAGCAGUAUGAGGAGCAGAUCUACGAGCAUGGUAUCACAGGCGACGUAUUGAUAGCGAUGGACCACGACGCGCUCUCGGAGAUGGGCAUGUCUAGUCUUGGACAUCGGUUGAAAUUGCUGAGGGCGGUAUGGGAGGUGAAGCGGGAGCAGGGGAUAGAGAUUGGGGAGGAGGACUGGAAGCCUGCAGAUAUGCCGGAGGAAGGACCUAAGCGAGAGGUGGAAAGACUGAAUGAUGCUAUACAGGAGCUGCAGGAGCGUCUAUUGAACCUCGAGCGGGACCAUGUCCGUAUGCUCAACUCGCUGGAGGAGCAGGGGAUCGCAAUACCGAUGGCGUCCAGUGCGGACGGAGAUCUGAUGCAUGGGAUAUCGCCGCGGCGGGACGGAGCGUCAGGCGCCGCACCUAUAGCCGGGCGAUGGCGAGAAUUCGAUGAUGGGGACGAAGCGGGCCCCAGCAAGCCGCGCCGCGCAUCCCAAAUAUUCCCAUCCUCCCUCGCUUCUUCUUCCACAACCGUCCCUCCACCUCUGAACUCAUCCGACUCGACGACCUUCGGUGAUACAUUCACGCCGACAACCUCUAGCGCGCCCUUCCCUGCCAUUUCCGACUCCCCAUCUCAGAUCCAGGCGCACGAACAGGAUCGCUCAAAUACGGCCAAAUCGAGCCGGAUACCAGCGGCGGCUCCUCCGCCCUUCACACGUAUGAUCAGCGGAGGUUCAUUAGCCAAUACAAAUGCUGCGCCAUCCCCACCGCCUGGCGGGGGCACCGCGAGUCUACCCACUCUGGCGCAUCCAUCAGGCUCAAAAUCGAAUUUGGUGCCCUCGCAAUCCGCACCAUCCGGCACGCUCCUUCCCUCGCCAGCAAAUCUACCGGGGACGAGCAAUCCGCCACCCGGGAGUACACCCGCUCUGAAUCAGGAAGAAAGGGAGCGGAAGAACGCAUUGGCAGCGAAGGAAUCGGCUAGUCGUGCGGCUAGCUCAUUCCGCGUCACCCUGGACGAUCCGUGUUUCAAGGUACUGCCAGCGGCGCUGAAAAAGUACAAGAUCAAUGAUGAUUGGAAGAUGUACGCCUUGUUCAUCUGUUUUGGGAAUACAGAGCGUUGUUUAAGCUAUGAUGAGAAACCGCUGUUAUUGUUCCAGAAACUGAAGGAAGGGGGACAAAAACCAGUCUUCAUGCUUCGGCAUAUCAGAGAUAUUCAGUCCCCUAUCAGCGUCGCACAGAAGAAACAAGCAGUGAAGCUCGGACUUCCCGCAGAUUCCAAAGUCGACGUCCUCCCCAAAGUCCGGCCCAGUACCGAUACGACCACCUCACCCACCAAACCCGCUUCUUCCGCCCCCUCCAUCACUGCCGGCACACUACAGCCGGUUCGUCGACCGGACGAUGCGUUCCCGGAAUUACCAUCGCCUGCGCCCGGAGAGAACGCGCAGCGACUGCAGCAACAACAGCAGCAGGCGGGGAGUCUAGUCGAUAAGGAUGGGAAUGUGCAGAAUGUGACGUAUGCGGUGGCGAUAUAUCCGUACAUCGCGGAUAGGCAGGAUGAGUUUGAUGUUGGAGUGGGAGCCGUGUUUGUUAUCCUGAGCAAGGCAAAGGGAUGGUACAUUGUCCAGAAAGAUCCAGAUGGGCUAGGCCAGAUCGUUCCGGAUAAUACAAGAUCAGGAUGGGUUCCAGCAGGUUGUCUACUUGAACUGUCUACCCCUAUAUCUCGCGUCUCCCCGGCCAUCAUACCUGGCGAGCCAUUACCCACCUAUCCUGGUCUCGCACCACUACCACCCAUCGCCAUCAUGUCGUCCUCAUACCCCGGUGUAGUACUCAUGGAUUACACCAAGAAGUCGAGCGAUGAGAUCGACGUUAAGGAGGGUCAACUGGUUCGAGUGUACAAGAAGUACAGUCAUUGGUCAUACGCGAUCAGGUCAGAGACCGGUGACAGGGGAUGGGUACCCGCAUGGUUCAUCGGCAAGAUCGACAACGGGUCCGAGUCGAAUCCAUCAACCGCAACCUUCAGCGCUGCUCCUCGACCUCCAGACGACCGGCUCAGUAGUGCGCUGAGUACGACCAGUACCACCCUGACCAGUAUCCGGACCCCGUCCUACCAGCCAUCCACGACAGGUGGGAAAGACGAGGAGGGAGAAGAGAUUGGAUUUGACGGAGCCGAUGAUGGAGGAGCGGGGGUCGCAGCUCUCAAGGGAUAUCUCUAG